ACGUCAUUGAGAAUCCCUCCUGCGUUUCUGGACUUGCGAGGGUCGCUCGGGUUUAUUUUCCAAUAGUAGGAAGAGAAGAGAGAGGGGGAGAGAAUGGGUGCAGAGCACAAAAUCCGGAACGCCAUGGAAGUUGCAGAAGAAGCUCGAGAGGAGGGCAUUUUCGUCAUUCCAUCCUCUCCUCUCACCCUCGACAUCUCCCUCCCUCUACCCCUCUUGAAGCCCCGAGUCACAGGGCUGUGCAGGGAACUGUUCAAGAAAUGGUCGCAUUUGGACGACUCCUGUUUCUCGAUCGAGACGGUCUCCGGCGGCAUCACCAAUCUCCUACUGAAGUUAUCUGUGAGAGAAGACAAUGGAAAUGAUGCUUUUGUAACUGUCCGAAUGUAUGGUCCGAAUACUGAAUAUGUGAUCGAUCGUAAGCAGGAGUUGCUGGCCUUACCCUAUCUCUCGGCUGCUGGAUUUGGUGCUGAAUUGCUUGGAGUAUUUGGAAAUGGCAUGGUGCAAUCUUUCAUCAAUGCACGCACACUUUCUCCAUCAGACAUGACCAAACCAAAACUAGCUGCUGAAAUUGCAAGGCAACUCUGUAAAUUCCAUCAGGUGGAGAUACCAGGUUCUAAAGAACCACAACUAUGGAAUGAUAUCUUCAAGUUCCUGGAGAGUGCAUCUGCUCUUAAAUUUGACGACAGUGAGAAGCAAAUGAAAUAUGAUACGAUAUCAUUUAGAGAAGUUAGUGACGCAGUGAAGGAGCUCAAGGUUCUAACAGACCUUUUACAUGCUCCUGUGGUGUAUGCUCAUAAUGAUUUACUUUCUGGAAACUUGAUGCGAAAUGACGAUGAAGAGAAACUCUACUUCAUUGAUUUUGAGUAUGGGUCAUACAGCUACAGAGGUUAUGAUAUAGCAAACCACUUCAAUGAAUAUGCAGGCUUUGACUGCGACUAUAGCUUGUAUCCAGAUAAGGAUGCACAAUAUCAUUUCUUCAGGAAUUAUUUGCAAGCUGACAAACCCAACGAGGUCACUGAUAAAGAUCUUGAAGCUCUUUACAUCGAGACGAAUACUUUUAGGCUAGCAUCACACUUGUUUUGGGGCCUAUGGGCGUUAAUCCAGGCAAAGAUGUCUCCAAUCGAUUUCGACUAUCUUGGAUACUUCUUCCUUCGCUACAGCGAGUACAAAAAGCAGAAAGAGAUGUGCUUCUCACUGGCACAAAGGUACAUCUCUGGCUCCUGAAUCAGGUGAAGUUCUCAAUGCUACCUCUAUUUCAAGAGAUUGUAAUAUCUACAUAUUUACCGUAGGGUGAGUUCAUCUUAGCUUUAGUUUUAGUGUACAAUAUUCUUUUUGUAGUCACUGAUAAGUGGAGGAUAGGAAAUGAAGGUCUUUUUUGCGGCUGCCACAGGCGCUUCUCAUUCUUUUCAUGUAUUUCCGAACUUGGUGUAAUCUACCGGUUCUCCACUGUAGGAAUUCUCUAUUGUUUGUAUGAAUAAAAUUCAGAUACGUUUUUUGUCA